AUGAGGUUGGUGAGCAUUGUGCUAAUAACCAUAUUCUCCACGUGCUGCAUUUGCUUGGCACAAGAUUCCCCAAAAGAUUACAUUGACGCGCACAACAAAGCGCGUGCAGAGGUUGGGGUUGGUCCACUGUCAUGGAGCAAGACCCUUGAAAGCUAUGCUCAAAACUAUGCGAACAAGAUGGUGAAGGAUUGCAAUAUGGUGCACUCCGGUGGCCCUUAUGGGGAGAACCUUGCGGGGAGUUCCGGCGACAUUACGGCUCCAGGUGCAGUCAAAUUGUGGGUAGAGGAGAAGGCGAAUUAUGACCCUAACUCCAACUCCUGUGUUAACAACGGUGAGUGCUUGCAUUAUACGCAAGUCGUUUGGAACGAGACCUUCGAUCUUGGCUGUGGUAAGGCAAAGUGUGACAAUGGUUGGACGUAUGUCGUUUGCAGUUACGACCCUCCCGGCAAUUUUGUUGGCCAAAAACCUUAUUAA